AUGUUUUCCAUCUUGAGACCUGCAGAACCUCCGCGAACUAGCAAUGCUGAGAACAAUCCGAUCUCGUAUGAAGGCGGGCGGUCAUCCGUCACCUUCUCAGCCCCAGGCUCGCACUACAUCAUGACGCACAGGAUCCCUCCAACGAGCAAGGAGAAUGGGGUCUCCAUUAUCCAGCCGCCAUUCCACUAUCAUAUCUACCAAGACGAGUUCUUUCAUGUACGAUCGGGCAAAGGGCGCUUCUAUCGAGGGGUUGAAAAAGAGCCAUUCACCAUCUUGUCUGACGAGCCAGGCGGGCAGGCCACAGCGUCCGUCAAGGCAGGCAAUUACCAUCGGUUCGAAAACGCCACCGAGACACGAGACUUGGUUGUCGAUAUUCACCUGUCACCCGAGUCGUACGAGAACGAACAGCAGUUUUUCAGAAACUUCUUUGGAUAUUUGGAUGACUGCAAAACCGCCAAACGAGAGCCGAGCAUCUUCCAACUCUUAGUCUUCCUACACAGCGGCGAUACGCCUUUGGCCGUUCCACUCCCGUGGGAGUCCCUGGGCCGCAUAGCCAGUAGAAUUCUGCUUACAUCGGGCGCCUACUGGGGUCGAUGGAUUCUUGGAUAUGAACAGAGCUACGUGGAGUACUACGAUGGGAAGAAACUGAGGUGA